CGCAAGAACAAGAAACUUUUAUUAUUUUCAGCAGAGACUGUACCUACUGAUGAGCGUAUGAAUAAAUUAUUAAAAUGGAAAGAGGAACGUAACAGAAAGAAGAAACUGGAAGCCUCCAUGAAGAAACCUGCUUUCAAAGUAGGCAUCGUUCAUCACGCUUUGUAUUCUCCGGUGAGCAAGAAUGAUGCAUCAAUUGCGAAAACAUCGAAACCACAGAAAACAGAACAUUCAAAUUAUAUUCAAAAACGAAUUACGAGGGCUACAGAGAAACGAUUACUUGCUAAAGCUGCUAAACAAGUAACAAGUGAUCUAACUUCAGUGCCGACGAAACAUCUCAUGAACGUCAAAACGUCGACUUCUAAUGCCAAGAAACAGAAAUCAUUCGCCCCGCCUGAUCACUGUUUUAGACCUCCGUCUGGUUUGCACCAGAUACCUCUAUUUGGUCGUGUACCGAUGAAACAAACGCCACAAGACAAAUACACACCGUCGGAGAAGUGUUCACAGACUUCUGAUAGUACCACAAAGAAUUACGAAACUUCCACAGGUCCGAGGUUAUCAUCAAAUGAGCAAGACCCGUCGCAGAAAUUAAUUAAAUCGACCAUUCGUGAUUCAGAUGAAUUAAAUGCAAUUAAAACAGUAAGAUCGUCAUUGAAGGAGCAGACAAAGAAUCAGACGGACAUACAAGACGCCUUGCAGAAAGAAAAAAAUUGUUCAUCAAGCAGCAGUGAAACAGAAACGCCACCGUCGCAAAAGUCUACUCCGAAUUCUUCGGAGAAAGAAAAUUGUUCUUUAGAAGAUCUUAUUGUUUUUUCACCGUAUCUCACGCGAAGCCGUGGGAAGAGGAAUUCUAGAAAAGAGGUACAGCAACGGCUGGGCAUUGGCCGUCCAUCUGACGAAAUUCCCACCAAAGACACGGUUAUGCAAAAUUUAAACAUAUGCGUGGAAGAGGAGGAACGUACAGCUCAGUACUUCAAAAUUCUCUUGAAUAAAGAAACUGAUAGACUCAAGGAGCUUUGUAAGAAAUGGUUGGAUAUUGGAUUAGAGAAGGAUGUUCCAGAGGAUGCUACGUAUGAAAUACAAACAGCGGUAGGGCAGACAAAUUUGCUAAUAAAUAAAAAGUUCGAGAGAUUUCGUAGCUUAGUGCACGACUGCGAGACUGGUAAAGGAGAAAUGCUGGUUACGUGCAGAGAUCUUCAAGGAUUUUGGGAUAUGACAUACAUGGAGGUCAAAGACUGUGAAACGCGAUUUGAGAAAUUGGAGCAACGUCGAAACAGAGAAUGGAAGGAGGAGGAGGAGGAAUACACAGUCGCCAAGCCUGCCGUUAAAAAACGAAUGCCUGUUAAAAAACAAAUUGUAUCAUCAAAACCAAGUUCAUUGCGAUCAUUAAUCCUUGCUGCCAGAAAAAUCAAAAUGGAAGGAGAAACAUUAAGCAAGGGAGAUUUGUUGUUGCAAGAUACACAUAUAAAUGAAAAACCGAGUAAUAGAAAAUCUUUUACUGAAGAGAACACUCGACGUAGUAGGAGAUCUAAAUCCCAUGAUCUUAACGAUAGCAAGUCAACUCCUGUUCGACGUGAGAGCUCUAAAACAGGUUCCGUGCAAUUUUCCGAAAAAUCUAAAAAAAUGAGAAGUCCAUUCGCAGCUAUGAAAAUAAGUCGAAUGUGUAAGACACCCGAAGUUCAAUUAGAUGACACGGUGUCAUACGUUAAUUCCGAUCAAACGCCGGGCAAGAGCAUAUUAAAGAAAUCGGAAGAAUUAGAAAAUAAGGAAGCCCGUAUAAAGUCCGCGCAUAAAGUCAAUUUUGAUGAUCAAGUGGUUCUAACGGAGGUCCCUCUUGAUGAAGAAACACAUACUAAAUUGAGUUUAGCUGCUGCAUUAAACAGGAUAGACAGUUUCGAUUUGGAUGAUAUGUAUCAAUCGCCAGCCAUUCAUGCUGAAAAAAGAUUAAACUUUGAAGAUUCUGACAGACUUGACGAUCUGAAUAAAUCACUAUCCGAGAUACAAACAACAGGGAAGCGAAAUAAAUCCAGAUCAUCUGUUCAGAAUACUUUAGUAGAUAAUAUUAUGCAUCCACUUAACGACAUAACAUCUUCGGUAUUUAUUGAAGAAUCAUCGCCAAACAAUGUGGAGAUUAUAUCACCUAAGAAAAGCGUAAGAAAUCGAGUUCAACACAAGGAUGCAUCAAACAGGAAACAUGUAGAUAUUUAUUUUUCACCUCCAACACGUGCGAACAGAGAUGACGAGAUAGACAUUACUACUGAAAUAAUUUCAAAAGACAUGGGAGAUCUUGAUUUAGGACCAAGAGUACUUAGAAAUAGAACUGUCCCGGCAAAUAAUACACCCAAAAGCAGUAGAACGAGCAAAAUGAUGACUCCAAAAAGAGCAAGUAAAGAGGGAAAUAAGAAGUCAAGUAUGAAAAGUUCGUUAAAAUUAUCGCAAAAAGACGAAAAUAUGACACCAAGUAAAAGCAAUACAAUAGAUGUGGAGAAUGUAACAUUGACAGACAGUAUUGUUAAGAAAAGAUCAAUUCGGAAAAGUGUUGCAUUUGAUGAAACUUGCGUGGGAUGUGCCGAAAGUAAACCAGCGCUACCUAGGACUCCUCAUACAGUACGCCGUAACAAGACGUCUUUGAGACAGAGUCGAAGCAAACAAAUUGAUGAAGAUCUUAUAUCAUGGGAAACGCCAGAUAAAAAACAUCUUCCUCUUGGCUCUUAA